GCCCGGACUAAGACCGAAGAUUCCUUGUCUUGGCAUCCAUGGCCGUCCCCUCUGCCAUCUCUCCUCCUCCAUCAUCCCCCAUUCACCUUCUCCUCCGGAACAGGUGCUGAUCCGCUGACGAAGAGGCCGGCGCAUCCUAUCCAUUCCCAUUUUGCUCCUCCCCCUAUCCGCCCCAUAUGUCUUCACGUUCGGCCAAGAUGGCCAGCGCGACCUCCAUAUCCGAGCCCCAUGAUCACCAUGAGGCGGAGCUGCUCCUCCCCCUGGGUCUCUUAUCCUUCACGAUCCUCGCCAGCAUCUAUCGCUACUUUUUCGUCCUCAGGGUGCGAUCCUACUACCGCCCACUGCUCUCUGAAGUCAAUCAAGAAGAUGGCUCCGAAAGAGCUAGAGGGCCCAAGGCCACGAAGCUCAGCCAGGCCAUUGUGCUUCUCAACUACGUUGUGGCCUUUUCGUUCGUUGCGAGUCUGGCGGUGAUCUGUCUGCGUGCGAUCGUCGAUCAUGUCUGGUCCGGCCUGCUGCUGGUGCUCUAUAACCUGAUGUUCUUUGUCGCGGUCGUGGCGAAUCUGCUGCUGAUGUAUGUCGAGGUCGCCAAGGGUGGGCAGUGGAGCUGGGCCAACUACGGCUUCUGGUGGCUGGCCUUGGCAGGCGACUCGUUUAUCGGCUGGUUCCAUCUCGAGACUCUACCCAAUGACACUACCUCUGGCUCCGAUAAGUUCGACCUCGCACUGGUGGCCAUCUUCACCGUCCGCUACGCACUCCUGUGGAUUCUAGCCCUGCUGUCGAUUGUCCAUCACAAGAGGGAAUCCCGAGAAGAUGACCUUGAGGCCCUUCGAGUGCUCGAUGCAGGAGCACCUGAGAGCAGCGGUCUGAUGGCCUCAUCAUCCAGGAGAGCCGGUGCAUACGGCACCUUUGCCGCAGCCUUUGGCUCAUCCAAGAAGAACGAUGUCAACGGAAUCAAUCCGGCCAUGGGGUCCUCGUCCGAAGUGGAUAUCCAAAAGAAGAUCAAGACCGAGGAGGAGGAGCGUGCGAAUGCGUUCAAGGGUUUUUGGCCAAAGCUGAAGCGUGUGUUUCCGUUUGUUUAUCCCAAAGACGACUCCUGGCUGCAGUUCUUGAUCUUCUUGACCUUUGUGUUAAUUGGCUUGGGCCGUAUCGUCAACGUCCUGGUGCCUUGGCAGACCGGUCGCGUUAUUCAGGAGCUGCGCACGGAUCAUUCAUUCAAUAUCUGGAGCAUUAUUCUAUUCGUCUUCCUUCGCUACCUGCAGGGUAGCUCUGGUCUCAUCUCUGUGCUUCGCGGAUGGGCAUGGAUCCCUAUCGAGCAGUACAGUAACAGCACGCUGACAAUCCGAUUCUUUGAGCAUGUCCAAACACUCUCGCUGCAGUUCCAUUUGAACCGCAAGACCGGGGAACUGCUCCGGAUUCUGGACCGCGGCACGAGCUCGAUCGUAUCGCUCCUGAGCACGUUUUUGUUCCAGAUGAUACCUGUGGUCGCGGACGUGUCGAUUGCCGUGUUUUACUUCUGCUACUACUGGAGUUGGAAGUACGGAGUCAUCGUGUUGAUCACCAUUGUCGCCUAUAUCAUCGUCAUUGUCGUCGUCACCGAAUGGCGUACCCACUUCCGUAGAGCCAUGAUCAACUUUGACAACGAUGCCCGCGCAAAGGCCGUUGACUCGCUACUGAACUACGAGACCGUCAAGUAUUACACAGCGGAGGAAUUUGAGACCAACCGGUAUUCGGACGCGAUCAGGAGGCUGAUGGUGGCGGAUUACAAGAGCCAGCUUUCGUACCAGCUCCUCAACCUGUUGCAGUCGUUCGUGAUCACGGUGGGCAUGUUGGCGGGAUGUUUGCUGUGCGCGUACGAGAUUUCCUUGGGCGAACGCGAAGUCGAGGAUUUUGUGCAAUAUAUCGUCUAUUUGACCCAGCUCCACACUCCACUCAACUGGUUAGGAUGGUAUUAUCGUUCGCUCCAGCAGAACCUCAUUGACAUGGAAAAGCUGAUCAAGAUUUUGGACCAGAAUCAGAGUGUGAAGGACAUCCCAGGCGCGGGCCCAUUGAUCGUCACCGCGGGCGAGGUCGUUUUUGAGAACGUCAGCUUCCAGUACGACACGCGCCAGAAGGGUCUUCAGAACAUCAAUUUCACGGUGCCCAAGGGCAAGACUGUUGCCCUGGUCGGACCCACUGGAUCAGGAAAGUCAACCCUCUUGCGCUUGCUAUUCCGGUUCUAUGAUGUCUCUUCUGGACGUAUCCUGAUCGAUGGCCAGGACAUCUCACAAAAGACUCAGCUGAGUCUUCGAGAGCAGAUCGGCGUCGUGCCUCAGGAUUCAGUGCUUUUCAACGAUUCGAUCUACUACAACAUUAACUAUGGACGGACAGAUGCUUCCAAAGAAGAGGUUGAAGCCGCUGCCAAGGCUGCACAGAUUCAUGACAAGAUUGUGCAGGAUUUCCCGGAUCAGUACUCUACCAAGGUCGGGGAGCGUGGAUUGAGAUUGUCUGGAGGCGAAAAACAACGUGUGGCAAUCGCGCGCACGAUUUUGAAGAACCCGCCAAUCGUGCUUUUGGACGAGGCAACCUCGGCGUUGGACAGCACAACAGAGAGCCAGAUCCAGGCCGCAUUGGCGAGGAUGACGGAGAACAGGACGACGCUUGUGGUUGCGCACCGGUUGAGCACGAUUGUCAACUCUGAUCUGAUUUUGUGUAUCAAGGACGGCGUCAUUGUGGAGCAGGGAACGCACAACGAACUUAUCGAGCGAGCGAUCGCUAACGGCGGCGAAGGUGUAUACUACGAAAUGUGGAAACAACAGAUUAGAGAGGAGCAGCAGCUGGAAGAUGAUGCCACCGUUGACGGCGCCCAGUCCGACGACUCGGAUACCAAAAAGAAGGGCAAGGGGCGCAAGGAGCCUCGACAGCACACGAAAGGAUCAGCAGCAACAGAGACUGAGCCUGCAGCAUCGACUGCUGUUCCCAUAGCUGCAGCGGUAACUUCUGUCCAGGAUCAGGUGCCUGAGUCCGCGGACCCGGCAGAACUGGCACAGAUUGUGAUUGAGCCCUCGGCUUCGACCUUGGCCAUCGCAACCCCUGCUGCAGUCGCUGCGGACGGAAUUGAUGAGAGUGUGGAAGAGCUAGCGGAUCAGGACAACAAGAAAGAAGGACAAAACCAGUCUGGCGAAGAUUCACCCUCGGCAUCGACGUCUCGUCCUGUAUCUGGCUCGUCUUCAUCCAAGACGCCUUUGACGGCCUCGGAACGUGCUCGACUCCGAAAGAAGAAGUCUGGCAAGAAGAAGUAAUCGCGAGAUUAUGUACAUGGGCUGCAAUUGACUGCAAUACAUCAACAACCCCUCAUCAUCAUUUUGUAUAUCAUGCAAACGCCAUAUCCGCAACCUUUGCCCAGCCCCAAUAAAUAUUUCUCCCGUGAAUAGUUGUUUAUACAAGUAGACUGGAUUGGAUAUGUUUU